AUGACAAUACCAUUUUGGCAGUCGAAGUCAGCUCCACUGGGGGUAUUCGGAAAUCUUCCACUUCCUCACCAAGAUGCAAGCUUAGCAGACAAGUUCAUGAAUAACUGGAUAGGCCCAGUUAUGAAAGCUGCCUGGUCCAGACCGAUCGAAACUGAAGAUCUAUACGAUCUUACCCCUGAUUUUCAAUGUCGCUUGCUCGGCGAUGCCCUUGAAGCUCAAUUUAUGCGCCGAAUGCCACCCGAUCAGCGACCACUCCCUUAUCGCGCCAAGAAUAUAACAGAUCAUGUAGAACCUAUCAAAGAACCGGCUAAAAACGGAUCUUCAGAAGUCAGUCCUAUCAAAGAGACAUAUGACCAAAACCUACUGAGAGCUAUGUAUUUCACGAUCUAUCCCGAGUGGUGGCCCUCGCUCCUAAUGAAGCUUUCAUCCAUGUGUUUACGAUUACUUGCCCCCCUCCUAAUCAAAUUUCUCAUUCAGCAAAUCUCUCGAUCCAAUUCAUGGCACAAAGCAAUCAUUACAGGAAUUUCGAAAGAUGACUUGAUAUCGCCAAAACCGGUCGGGCAUAUGGUAGGCGCAGCAAUAGGGAUAUGGUUGCUGUUACUUGCUUCUUCUACGAUCCUGUAUUAUGCAUGGUGGAGAUCUAGACUGACAGGGAAGAAAGUGGUCUCGGCGCUGACUACAAUGAUCAUGAGAAAGUCGAUGCGCCUUUCUGCCGAGUCAAAAGUGGAAAUGACCAACGGAAGGAUAACUACCAUGGUCUCCGUUGACUGUUCUAAGAUCGAUCAAGCGAUUCAUACUUCACAAGAGAUCAUCAAUAUCCCUAUUCAGCUUAUACUGGGAAUAGGACUGCUGAUUUGGCAGAUCGGUUAUUCAGGUUUAGUCGGUUUAGGAGUUUUGCUGCUGGCGGGACCUUUCAAAGUAUGGAUGUUCAAGCAUGUAUCACGACUUCGAUCCGAACAAAAUAAACUGGUUGAUUCCCGAGUCCGCCUCUUGUCGGAAGUCCUAAACAAUAUCAGGGCAGUCAAGUUGUAUGCUUAUGAAGGCUGGUUUGGUCGAAAGGUUGGAAGCAUGCGGUCUAGCGAAUUAUCAAAGUUCAAGGAGAACAAUCUUAGCAGAUCAACAUUGACCGCCACAAUGAGUUUCAUACCUACUCUGGCUGCUAUUUUAACCUUCAUUACUUAUGCUCUUUCCGGACAUACGCUAGACGCUGCCAUAAUCUUUUCCAGCUUACAAUACUUUAUGGUUCUUAAAGGUCCGAUCACCCUAGCACCGGAAGUGCUAACGGCCGCUGGAGAGGCUUUAGUCGGUAUACGACGGAUCAAUGAUUUUCUCACUGCGCAUGAAACCAAGUCUGACCUCACGAUUGACAAUGAAGCAACUUUUGCUAUUGCUGCAAAGGGCGACUUCCAAUAUGCGAACGUUUCGACGACUCAGAAAUCAUCUGACAAUACCUGCUCGGAAAACAAGCAGGUACAGACUACUCAUCCGGUAGUAAAGAAAGGAGCUGAGAUUGAGUUGAAGGAUAAUACGGAACCGUUUGCUUUGAGAAAUAUAGAUCUAGAGAUUCCGAGAGGCGCCUUAGUAUGCGUCAUCGGACGGGUAGGAACAGGCAAAACUACACUGCUAUCUGGACUGAUCAGCGAGGUUAGACAGAUUGAUGGACAGGUUCUCUUUGGUGGUUCAGUAAGCUAUGUGCCACAACAAGCUUGGGUCCAAUCUGGAACCAUCAGAGACAAUAUCACUUUCUCCGCCGAUCCAGCUUGUGUGGAUAUUGCUCGAGUCAAUCAGAUCAUUGAUGCUUGCGGCUUGCGUCCUGACGUUGCCAUGUGGCCAGAUGGUGACCUGACAAAGAUAGGUGAACGAGGAAUAACGCUUUCAGGAGGUCAAAGGCAACGUAUAUGUAUCGCUCGAGCAGCGUACGAAGAAAGUGAUAUCGUCCUCCUCGAUGAUCCGCUAUCAGCUGUAGACCCACACGUCGGGAUUCAUAUCCUGGAGAAGUGUAUACUGUCCGGUCCAAUGGGAGGUAGAACAAGAAUACUGGUCACUCAUCAUUUAGAUAUCUUACCUCGUGCAGACCUCAUAUUGGUCAUGGACAGGGACGAAAAGGGAGAUGGACGGGUGAUACAAAAAGGCACCUAUGGGGAUUUGCUCAACCAGCAAGGUGCUUUCAGAGCCUUGAUAAACCAAUACGGUUCCAGAAUCACUUCCCAAAUGACUUCCAACACAGAGUCUGAUAAGCUUGGUGAAGAGGAAGCAGACGACGUUGACCUGGAAGAAACAAACAACCAAGAGAAAGGUAUGAAACUCAUUCUCGAAGAAGAGAGAGCGGAGGGCGCAGUCUCAAGCAAAGUGUACCUGAAUUACCUGAAGACAGUUAGAUCGACUGCCUUAAUUACUUGCUGUGUCAUUUUCUUGGUCUCGGCUCAAGCUGCAGCGGUGUUCAACACCCUGUUCUUGGGGUAUUGGUCUGAGAAUCAGUUCGGGCUAACUCAAGGAGCAUAUAUGGGUAUUUAUGGAGGUUUGGGGGUAUCUAUGGCUUUAUUCACUUGGGGAGCUACGUAUACUAUGUUUCUCGCUUGUGUUAAAGCCUCAUAUGCAAUGUUCAAUCAAGCUUGGACGGGAGUCAUGAGAAGUCCUAUUACUUGGCAUGAUCGCACACCUACCGGAAGAAUCAUAAGUCGGCUGUCCAAAGACAUAGAGCAGCUGGACGAUAGGUUGUCAUUUGUCUGGAAUAGCGUCUUCUCAUCGCUAUUGAGUAUAGUAGGGUCCCUGGCUUUGAUUCUAUAUACUUACCCCUACGCUGCACUCACAUUUAUUCCCACUUUGAUGUACAUCUGGCUCUUGAUUACGUUUUAUAGAAGGACAUCUCGGGAGAUACAAAGACUAGCAUCCACUUUGAGGAGUCAUAUAUUCACCAAUAUUGGGGAACAACUAGAUGGAUUACAUGUUAUAAGAGCUUUUAGACAACAGGAAAGAUUUACUAGAAGAUUGGAGCAGUCUGUGGAUGUACAUUUUUCUGCGAUCAUGAUCAGCGUAAGUAAGCUUUCAUGGACUUCUAUCGAUGAUACCCCGUUUGAAGCUGAUCUCUGCGAGUUCUCGAAGAGUUUCACUCAAAGCGGCUGGCUUGGCCGAAGAAUGAGCUUCACCACUCAAUUCUUGGUGUUGGCUGUAUCAAUCUUUGGGAUAAUCUUUAGAAACAGUGUGUCUCCAGCUAAAUUCGGCGUCGUUCUAGUCUAUGUCAUCUCUACAACUUCCGUCAUGAACAAUCUGGUGAGGGUAAUUACCGAGGCUGAACAACAGAUGAAUACCGUCGAGAGAGUCCAAUACUAUAUGUCUCUUCCUUCCGAGGCAGCCACCACGUUUUCGACUGAUCCUCGUGACGGCGAAGUAUGGCCGAGUCGAGGUAUCGUAUCUUUCAAGAAUGUUCAAAUGCGAUAUCGUCCUGAACUACCUCUGGUUUUGAAAGAGGUCACCUUUGAUAUAAGAGCGGGCGAAAAAGUGGGAAUUAUUGGUAGGACAGGUGCGGGGAAAAGUAGUCUCGCACAAGCUCUUUUCAGGACCAUUGAAAUUUGUGGAGGAAAAAUGGAGGUUGAUGGUAGAGAUAUUUCGAAUAUGGGCUUAGAUACCCUGCGAAAGAGGUUAUCUAUCAUCCCACAAGACGCAUUUCUUUUUGGUGGUUCUGUGAGGGAUAACAUUGAUCCGACGGGUUGUCAUUCCGAUGCAAGUCUAAAUGGCGCUCUCAAUCUUAUACACAAAAGUCCCCAUGCCUCCGUCUCUCUCAGAGAGAAAUUCCAUCUUGAUGCUCUAGUGGCUAAUGAAGGGACGAAUUUCAGCGCUGGAGAAAGACAGCUUCUUGCGUUGGUUAGAGCCCUAGUCAAACGUUGUAAAGUCCUUUUACUAGACGAGGCGUCAUCUUCUGUUGACUCAGAGACAGACGCCUUGAUCCAGAAAAUAAUUCAAUCCGAAUUUGCGGAUGUGACGUUAAUCUCAAUUGCACAUCGACUUCAAACAGUGGCGUAUUACGAUAGGAUCUUGGUUAUGAAUGCGGGACAAGUGGCAGAAGUAGGUCUCAUUCUAUCUUCAGAAGCCUUUGCGAUAAGAAGCGUCUGA